GUAAAAUGAUCAAAACAUGGAGAGCCUGUCUAUAUCUCGUCGUAAAGUGUGAAAUGCAUCGCUGCAUCCAUUUAUUUCUAUAACCGAAGAAUGAGGAUUUUGCUGAGGCCUGCAUGCCUACGGAGGACUAAAUGCCUAAUCAAGUUUGGGUGUAGGCCAUCAGACUGGUGGCAGCGGAUAUCCUAUUACUUCAGCAAACUGCUGACAGCAGUAGUAUGGGUGUGUGAGCGGGACCUGUGGAAAUUGUUGGUUGGUUUUUUCCUCCUUGUAUUCCUGUUUAUCCUUAGUUUGUGGUAUGUGCUGAAGGAUCCCUGUGAGACCACUACUGCUAUACAACAACUGUGUGAAGACUAUGAGAGGGGAUAUGCUGCUGGGCUGCUGUGCCAUGACCUGUGCAUAUCCAGAACAUUUGUCUUACCAAAAUGUCUUUCCAUUUCGGGUGAUAUAAUGACAUUCCAUUCGAAAAAAUCCAUUGCCAAGUUCAAACUGCUGCCAUCUGAUGCCACUACAAGGGAGAACGAUAACUUUGAUCUACCAUUCCAUUUGCGCCCCUUAGAGGGGCAGUUAACUAAUGAUGAUUUCCAUCACCUGCUGGAACGCUUCAUUACAGCCAAACUAGGCCCAAUAGAUGUGACUGGAAUAAUUGAGCGCCUUUACAACUUUGCUGAUGCUAGUCAUGAUGGAAAGAUAAACUUUGGUGAAGCAAACUCCAUAUGGGAACUCAUUCAUAUCCACGAGUUCUUCAUCCUCUUUCUGUUCCAAGGUGAAGCAACAUUCCCAGUCAUAAAUGCAACAUGUGGCUCCCUCUACACUUAUGAUAAAGCCUUCAUUCCAUCUCUAUAUAAUAAAAUGAAUAAAGGCUUUCUUGAUAGGAUAUUUUCCAAUACCUACCGCUGGACACUUCCAAGGUGGGACAAGAGAGUCAACAUAGCCGUGGGCUUGUUGGAAAAUGUAGCAUCAUUAUCAGAACGGGUAAAUGCUGAAUUUCACAUGUGCAAUCUUGAUCCAACGAAGUUUGGGUACACUGAUAGAUUUGAGGCCAGGUUGACCCAUUUUGAUGAUGUUGUGUCCCAGAACCACUUUGACCUGGAAGUUAAGGGUCAACACUGUUCUAGAGACAGAGACUGUUUCCAUGGUGAUUGUGUGACAGAGUGUGACCUAACAUCAGGCUUGUGUACAGCUGUCCUGAAAGAGCCAACACUGGUACGUAUGUGCAAGAUCGUAGAUGAGUACCUUGUAUUUGAUGCACCAAGAAAUGUCAAGACUGCCCUAAAGGUACUGCUUUCAAAGUGUCAGGCUUUCACAAGUUCCAAGGACAAGACCUUGGACCCAUCACACACUGUACGCUACAACCUUCUAUUGGAUGAACUAUCUAAGCUUCUAUGGGACCAAGUCAAGAGCAAACCUGUCAGCUGGCUGGAUCUUCCCAAGAAAAAGUCGAAACCCAGCUAGCCAAUGGUUAAUAUAAAUAGUGAAUGUCUAAAAUAUGGAAUGUCUAUAGUCAAUGUGAAGAGUGGCAGCUCCAGAUUUAUGGAAAUAGUGGCUGUUAACAGUGUAUGUUAUAUUGAUUCAUUGACUUACAGUUGUGUCAUUGCAUAAUGCAUUAAAACAUUGCCUACACAUCGUCCAAACAUUGUGUGUACAUCACUGCACCUCGUCUGCACAGAUGUGCAAUGUACAAUAAUUGUAUUGCACAAUUGUGCUAUUUUGUACAAUCUGGUUAACAAUGUUGCAACAGUUAUAUAAUUUAUCAUAUGAAAUCAAAACCGAAGCUUCAAUGAUAUAUUUUUCCAUAAAUAUAUGUUUUCUUAAUGGACAUAAUAUUAGUCCUCUUCUGUACUGGUAGGUCUCAAAUUAGAUCAGUGGAUGAAUGGUGGUCUGGUUGUGAUUACAGAAUCGAUAGUUUUGUUUUCAAAACUCGUCAUCAUGGUUCAUAAUAAUAUAUGACUUUGUCUUGUGUUCUGAAGCUGAUUAUGUUUGUGCUUGGAACUUAACACUCGAGGUGAUAUUUUGGCUUUUCUAAGUGACACCUGAUUUUCACGCCUAACUUGGCAAGUGAUAAUAAAUGAAGUUAUGGAAGCCUGUGUGAUAUGCUGCUGCGGAGAAAGGAAGCAUUGCACAUUAUUUAACCCUAUAUGCAAUCACACAACUGUAUGUAAAAAGUGACUUUCAAUGAUAUAAUUAUAUAAAUUGUGUCUUUGAUUAGUGGCUGUCAAUAAUUUAUAUAAAUAGUGGCUGUCAAUGAUUGAUAUAACUAAUCACUGUUAAUAGUUGAUAUAAAAAGUGGCUGUGAAUGAUUCUUAUCAAAUUGGCUGUCAAUAAUUAAUAUAAUUAGUGGUUUUCAAUUAUUGAUAUAAUUAGUGAUUGUCAAUGAUUGAUAUAAUUAGUGG